UGCUGCCGGGAGCUGUGGAGGCUGCGGCUUUGGUCUGCGGCGGUUGCUUUGGCGGCGGCCUGACCGCGGCUGGAGGUUGGAGAGAAAUCCAGGUACGCAGUUGACUGGUCCUUUCUGCUGCCAUGGGGGAGCUUUUCCGGAGUGAGGAGAUGACACUGGCCCAGCUUUUUCUACAGUCAGAAGCUGCUUAUUGUUGUGUCAGUGAAUUAGGAGAACUCGGAAAGGUUCAGUUUCGUGAUUUAAAUCCAGAUGUGAACGUUUUCCAGCGGAAAUUUGUGAAUGAAGUUAGAAGAUGUGAAGAAAUGGAUCGAAAGCUUCGAUUUGUUGAGAAAGAGAUAAGGAAAGCCAAUAUCCCAAUUAUGGACACUGGCGAAAACCCGGAGGUGCCCUUCCCCCGGGACAUGAUUGACUUAGAGGCCAAUUUUGAGAAGAUUGAAAAUGAACUGAAGGAAAUCAACACAAACCAAGAAGCUCUGAAGAGAAAUUUCUUGGAACUGACUGAAUUAAAAUUUAUACUUCGCAAAACUCAGCAGUUUUUCGAUGAGAUGGCGGAUCCAGACCUGUUGGAAGAAUCCUCAUCCCUCUUGGAGCCAAGUGAGAUGGGAAGAGGCACGCCUUUAAGACUUGGCUUCGUGGCUGGUGUGAUUAACCGGGAGCGCAUCCCUACUUUUGAGCGCAUGCUUUGGCGGGUGUGCCGGGGGAAUGUGUUCCUGCGGCAGGCUGAAAUCGAGAACCCCCUGGAGGAUCCUGUGACUGGAGACUACGUGCACAAGUCUGUGUUCAUCAUUUUCUUCCAAGGCGAUCAGCUGAAAAACAGAGUCAAGAAAAUCUGUGAAGGGUUCCGGGCCUCAAUCUAUCCCUGUCCUGAGACGCCACAGGAGAGGAAGGAGAUGGCUUCUGGAGUUAAUACCAGGAUUGACGAUCUCCAAAUGGUUCUGAAUCAAACGGAGGAUCACCGCCAGAGGGUUCUGCAGGCAGCUGCUAAGAACAUCCGUGUCUGGUUCAUCAAAGUGCGGAAGAUGAAGGCCAUUUACCACACUUUGAACCUGUGCAAUAUAGACGUGACCCAGAAGUGCCUGAUUGCGGAGGUCUGGUGCCCUGUCACUGACCUUGACUCCAUCCAGUUUGCGCUCAGAAGGGGCACGGAACACAGUGGCUCCACUGUGCCCUCCAUCCUGAACAGGAUGCAGACAAACCAGACUCCCCCAACCUAUAACAAAACCAACAAGUUCACAUGUGGCUUUCAGAACAUAGUGGAUGCUUAUGGAAUUGGAACUUACCGAGAGAUAAAUCCAGCUCCAUAUACCAUCAUCACUUUCCCUUUCCUAUUUGCUGUGAUGUUUGGGGACUUUGGCCACGGCAUUUUGAUGACCCUUUUUGCUGUAUGGAUGGUGUUAAGGGAGAGCCGGAUCCUCUCCCAGAAGAAUGAGAAUGAGAUGUUUAGCACUGUGUUCAGCGGACGGUACAUUAUUCUGCUGAUGGGUGUGUUCUCCAUCUACACGGGCCUCAUCUACAAUGAUUGCUUUUCCAAGUCUCUCAAUAUCUUCGGGUCAUCCUGGAGUGUGCGGCCAAUGUUUACUUUAUACAAUUGGACGGAAGAGACGGUUCGGGGAAACCCUGUCCUCCAGCUGAACCCAGCUGUCCAUGGAGUUUUCGGUGGACCAUAUCCUUUUGGCAUCGAUCCAAUUUGGAACAUUGCUACCAAUAAACUGACCUUCCUCAACUCCUUUAAGAUGAAGAUGUCUGUUAUCCUUGGUAUCAUCCACAUGAUGUUUGGAGUCAGCCUGAGCCUUUUCAACCAUACCUAUUUCAAGAAGCCCCUGAAUAUCUACUUUGGAUUUAUUCCGGAAAUAAUCUUCAUGACCUCUUUGUUUGGCUACUUGGUUAUCCUUAUUUUUUACAAGUGGACAGCCUAUGAUGCUCACACAUCUGAGAAAGCACCAAGUCUUCUGAUCCAUUUCAUAAACAUGUUCCUCUUUUCCUAUGGGGACUCUGGUAAUUCGAUGCUGUAUUCUGGACAGAAAGGAAUUCAGUGUUUCCUGGUAGUGGUUGCGCUGCUGUGUGUCCCUUGGAUGCUGCUGUUUAAACCAUUGGUCCUUCGCCAUCAAUAUUUGAGGAGGAAGCAUUUGGGAACUCUCAACUUUGGUGGGAUCAGGGUGGGCAACGGACCGACAGAGGAGGAUGCUGAGAUUAUUCAGCAUGACCAGCUCUCCACCCAUUCAGAGGACGCAGAGGAGCCUACCGAGGAUGAAGUGUUUGAUUUUGGGGACACCAUGGUCCACCAGGCCAUCCACACCAUUGAGUACUGCCUGGGCUGCAUCUCCAACACCGCCUCCUACCUGCGGCUCUGGGCCCUCAGCCUCGCUCAUGCACAGCUGUCUGAGGUGCUUUGGACCAUGGUGAUCCACAUCGGCCUAAGCGUGAAGAGCUUGGCGGGAGGUUUGGCGCUGUUCUUCAUCUUCGCCGCCUUCGCCACCCUGACUGUGGCCAUCCUCCUGAUCAUGGAGGGCCUCUCAGCCUUCCUCCACGCGCUGCGGUUACACUGGGUGGAAUUCCAGAAUAAAUUCUACAGCGGGACGGGUUUCAAGUUCCUACCCUUCUCCUUCGAGCACAUCCGAGAAGGGAAGUUUGACGAAUAAGCCCCUUGGGGGCUGUGCGCCCUCUGCCCUCCCCGCUCCCUCCACGGUGAUUAGCUGUGCUCCGCUUGCCGUUGGUUGUGAUCCCUGGGUGUCAGGGCAUCUGAGUCAUCCCUGCCACCCUUCCCCCAGCCACCUGUGAGUCAUUUAGAUAGACCCAGCCCUUCCUGGGUGCCCCGCCACCUCCAGCUUUGUGUGUUGUAGUGCAGUGAUUUUCUGGAGAGAAGCGGGCCCGAGCGGUCACUCAAACCCACUCCCACUGGGCACCCUCCUUGCCCUCCCAGCCUCUGUCCAGCGCUUCCUCUGCCCCCUGGUGGUGAAGCGUUUGUGCAUUUACACAGGAGCCCAGCGCGCUUGGAGGGAGUGCCUUCGCUGUCCGCACCCAGGCUUUGAGCCCCUGCUCCUGCCACUCUCCUUCCUGGUUGGGGAUGGGGUGCUCUUGAACACUCCCCACUCUUGGAUUAGCAGGGGUGGGUCCAGGAAGGUGGUGUUU